AUGACAAGCUUAUCAUGCAUGCAUUAUAGAUUGACAACAUAUCAGAGGAAGAAGGAAAAGGAAACCAAACAGGAAGAAGGAAAAGGAAACCAAACAGGAAGAAUCAAAUCCUGCUUUAUCUUUACCAAAAGGACAUGCUUUCUUAUGCCGCAGCAACAAGCAAAGAAGCUGCCUUCGCCCCUCUUCACUACCUUUUCUUGUGAGGAUGGAACUGGGAUAGCGGGAACCAGAGGCCUAAGCAAAGAAUCUUGUCCAGUUCUCUUCUUCUUCUUCAAUGAAAUGAGCUUCGGGUUAGUCGCAGCUUCUCCCAGCUCUUUAUAUCCCAUCCUCGAGAUCCUCCAUUUGUCAGACACACGGGUUCCAAGGAUGCGAACCAAACACGCUCUUGUCCCAUUCGAGAGCACAGGCCCCGUGCGUCCUCCUCAUCUCUCCAGAACUGCUGGUGGCGUCAUCUUUCUGUGCCUCCUGUACUGCCUGAGGAUGGACACCGCCAUCGGCGCAACGAAGUGGGUGCUGGGCAAGGCGCUGGCCCCCGUCACGGAUGGCUUGCUGCAGUCCUGGGCAGCUAGUGUUGAGCUUGAUCGCAACAUCGACGCCCUCAAGAUGGAGCUGUUGUAUGCGCAUGGGAUGCUUGAGAAUGUGCACGGCAGGGACAUCCAUGGCAUUGCGCUGAAGGAGCUCCUGCUCAAGCUGCAGCAGCUGGCAUACGGGGCUGAUGAUGUACUGGAUGAGCUGGAGUACUUCCGCAUCCAGGACGCCCUUAAAGGAACCUACCAUGCCACUGACAUGAAUGCUGUGGGUUUCAUCCAGGGCCUCCGCGUCAAUGUUGAACACACGGCGAGGCAUGUUGCCAACAAACUUAAGUGCCUCCCGUGCUUGGGUGCUGCUAGCCAUGAUGGUGACCAAGAAAGUGAUGCUGGUGUUCACCAAGAAAAUUAUGGCAAGCAAGCAUGCCUCUCUGGUGUACGCUUGUGUGGCAGGCAGAGGAUCGGCUCCUCGCCACCGAUGCCCGCCAACAAGGGUGUCAAGAAUGUUGAUGGCAAAUGCAUGCCCAAGGUCAUCUCAACUGCUCGCAAUGCUGCCCACACUUUCGGUAAACACUUUCCAUGCUACUCUCCCAUAUCUGUCCAUGAUGAUGAUCCUCAACCUAUCAUUUCAAAGUGUGCAAGCCAGAGAGACUGUGAUAUAGAAACACCAGAAUUGAUGUUUGAUAGGGUGCAAAUGUCUAAAACAAUGAUGGACAUGGUAGAGCAGCUGAAGGAAGUAUGUGCUAAGGUCUCCAUAAUUCUUAAUCUAGAUUUGUUGGGCUCCAGCCGUAUGCAUACCAAAGAUAUUGCUAAAAACAGAUCCAAGACCACAUCCGAGAUUAUAGAACCUGAGUUAUACGGGAGGGAUGACCAAAAAAAGAAAAUUGUAGAUUGCAUUAUUAGUCGCGAGUACUGUCCCAAUAAACUUAACGUGCUUCCAAUUUUUGGACCUGGGGGUAUUGGAAAAACAACUUUUACGCAACACAUAUGCCAAGAAGUAAAUAGAUAUUUCCAGGCUUCAAUUUGGAUAUGUGUCUCUUUCGAUUUCAGUGCAGAUUGGUUGGCGCAAGAGAUGGUCAAAAAAAUCGAUAGUGUUGUUGGUGAAAAGGCUAACGCUAGUGCCGACGAACUUAUCCAGCAAAGAUUAAAAGCUAAGAGAUUCUUACUUGUCUUGGAUGAUGUGUGGACAUAUCAGGAGGAUGAGUGGAAAAAACUAAUAGCACCUUUAAAGAAGGUAGAGUCUGAGGGUAAUUUGAUUAUAGUCACAACCCGAAUACCAAAGGUAGCAGAAAUGGUUAAGACAACCAAUGGUGAACUAAAACUGGAAAGACUAGAUGAUGCAGACACCAUGCGUUUUUUCGAAACAUGUAUAUUUGGUAACAAGCAACAACCAUGGGAAGAACAUCCUGAAUUAUCUGAGAUUGGUCACAAAGUAGUGGACCAUUUGAAAGGUUCCCCUCUUGCAACUAAAACUGUAGGUAGGUUACUAAGAAACCAACUUACUUUGGACCAUUGGAAAAGAGUUCUAGAAAGCAAAGAGUGGGAACUACAAACGAGUGAGAGUGACAUCAUGCCAGCCCUCAAACUUAGCUAUGAUUUUCUCCCUUUCCAUCUAAAACAAUUGUUUGUAUAUUGUGCUUUGUUUCCAGAAGAUUACGAAUUUGAUAGCAAGGAGUUAGUUCAACUGUGGAUAGGACUAGGUAUUUUGCACCCAUAUGAUCAAAAUAAAAGGACUGAAGAUGUUGGACUAGACCAUUUGAAUGAGUUGGUCAAUUACGGGUUUUUGAAGAAAGACAAAAAAAAAGAUGGUCGUCAUUAUUAUGUUAUUCAUGAUCUAUUGCAUGAAUUGGCCACCAAGGUUUCAUCGUAUGAAUGCGUUAGUAUAUCUAGUUCUAAUAUCAGGUCCAUACACAUCUCCUCGUAUAUACGUCAUUUAUCCAUAAUUGUAGAUGCUAAAGAUGUUAAUGAUAGAAUCAGUUUUGACGACUAUAAAAAGGAUUUGAGUGCAUUAGGUAAACGACUGAAAGUUGAAAACCUACGUACUCUGAUGUUGUUUGGGAAAUACCAUGGAAGCUUCGCCAAGACCUUUUGUGAUCUGUUUAGAAAAGCUAAAGCCCUUCGCACUAUUUUUCUAUCUGGAGCAUCAUACUCUAUGAAGGACAUUCUGCAUAACUUUUCAAAAACUAUCCAUCUUCGUUACCUAAGGAUUGAGCCAUCACAUAACACAGGCAACAUCGACUUUCCUAGUAUGCUAUUCAGAUUUUAUCAUCUAGAGAUAAUAAAUCUUCAAAGAUGCAAUGUCCCUGUUUCGAUAAGACGUAUUACCAACCUUGUAAAGCUGCGUAAUAUGCCUCUAGUUCUGUCUGACAUACCUGAGGUGGGAAAACUUAAAUUGCUUUCAGAAUUAAGAAGAUUUGAAGUUGGAAAACAAACUAAUGGUUUCGAACUAAGUCAGCUAGCGCAAUUAACAGAGCUUGGAGGGUCACUUAGCAUUUAUAAUCUUGAAAAGGCGCAAGAAAAAGGGGCCCGGGGAAAGGAAAUAAGGCCAAUACACAGAAACCACUUGCGUGAACUAACAUUAGAGUGGGAUGUGCAACGAUCUAACACGGAUCCUACAAGAGAAGGAAAUGUUCUUGAAAAUCUUGUACCGCAUAGUGACCUUCGAGAUCUUUGCAUUAGAGGGCACGGAGGCACUAGUUGCCCAACAUGGCUAGGUGAGAACCUCUUGGUCAAAAAUUUGGAAUCGCUUCACUUGGCUGAUGUAUCUUGGAAAACUUUUCCACCAUUAGGAGAGUUCUGGUUGGUUGAUGAGCUCCGUGACGAGUGCAAGUGUUGCAUCUCAAACCCAAACUUCCAAAAAAAAUGUCUUGAAAAAAAAGGUUUUCCAAAUUUGAAAAAGCUAGUGUUUGUUAAGAUGCCAAAAUUGACAAAGUGGGCUGGAAAUCAAACUUGCGGGUUCUUCUUCCACCUGGAAGUGCUCAUUAUUGAAGACUGCCCUGAACUUAAGGAGUUGCCCUUUUCAUGUUCUACUUGCUCUCAACCAGCGCAAGAAGGAGCGAACCUGAGGACCUUGUUCCCUAGACUACGUGAGUUCACGGUUGUAGGAUGCCCAAACCUGAGGACAAUGCCUCCUAUCCCUUGGACCCGUACUCCAUGCUCUAUUAAGAUAGAACAAUCAGGGUCAAAUUUUCAGCUACGCACUAACUCAGAAGGAAUGUACAUACCAGGAUUAUGCUUGUCCAUUGUGGCAGCGGAUGGUGCAGAUAGCUUGCUUUGGAAUAAGUUGUCUUUCUGUUAUUUGAGUGGCCUAAAAGAGUUUUCUCUAUUCAAUUGCCCUCCUUUGCCCUUGCACAUGAUCCAAAUGCUAACAUCUCUGCAGCACCUCACUAUAAGUGGUUGUUCGAGUAUUGUUCUGUCGCCAAUCAGAGGCGAGAGCCAUGUCACAUAUGAGGUUCCAGUUGAAGAACUCUGCAUUUCUGACAGCGGGGCUAGCGGGAAAGAACUGACUCAACUGCUCUCUCAUUUACCCAAGCUCACCAGCCUGAGUAUAGCUGAUUGCGAAAAGAUAACAGAACUUGGUGUGUCUAAUCAGCAGAGUGGAUCACAGCAGCAAUACACAAACGAAGAGGAGGAAAUAGUGGCGACGGCAGAAGGAGGACUGCUGCUCUUGCCUACCCAACUACAGGAGUUAAAAGUCUACAAUUGCCGUGAGCUGAGAAUAGUCCCCAAUUCUGGUUCAGGGGGCGGCAACAACGAAGCAGCAGGAGGUCUCCAGCGUCUACGCUCCCUCCGCCAAGUGAUCGCAGAUGGUUGCCCCAAAUUGCUUUCCUCCUAUUCGGGCUCCUCGUCUUGUUUCCCUUUCCCGACCUCCCUUGAAACACUCGAACUAGUCAACGUUGAACAAGUCAAUUUGGACCUCACAAACCUAUCCGACCUGAAAGUACUCCAUCUUGGCCACAUGGAGGACCUCACAAAACUAAGCGUCAGCCGUUCCUCAAAACUACAUACCUUGAGCAUACGAGUUUUGGCAGAGUCCAUCUGCAGCCUGCUCUCUACCUCCCUCACCACAUUGUCCUUCUAUCUUAGCAAAGAGGUGGAGCCCAUCACAGGAGAGGCCCUAGUGCUUCUCACCUCCCUCCGAGAGCUCGGAUUUUAUUCCUGCCACAAAUUGCAGUUCCUCCCUGCAGGUCUACAUACACUUGACAGCAUCAAGCAAUUAUCUAUUCGUUCAUGCCCAUCCCUCUGGUCGCUGCCCAAGGACGGCCUCCCUAGUUCUUUGCAGAAAUUAGAUAUCUCCGGAUGUUCCAUGAAAUCAUUGCCCAAGGACAGCCUCCCGAGUUCUCUGCAGCAAUUAGAGAUCUCCCGUUGUUCUAAGCUCGAAUUGCUUCCCACUUUUUCGGACGGCCUCCCAACUUCUCUGUGGAAAUUAAAGAUUGAGGAUUGUCCUGCCAUCAAAUCGGUGCCCAAGGACGCCCUCCCGAGUUCUCUGCAGGAAUUAGGCAUCACGAGUUGUCCUGAAAUCAAAUCGCUUCCCGAGGACGGGCUCCCCAAAUCCUUGCGAGUACUAGAUGUGGUCAGUUACGGCAACAGCGAGCAGCUUAAAAGGCAGUGCCGCAGGUUAAUAGGGACGAUUCCAAUAAUCUUCGCCUGA